UAUCUCUUAAACAAGGUGCUAGAAAAAUCUGGCUCUUCACUCCACAAUUUCCCUAUGCCAUUGCCACAGAACGACUGGGGUGAUCAUGCCGAGAACUCAUACAUUGCUGAACAUCUGUCAUACAACCCACAGGAGGAACACCAACAGGCACGAAGAAACAUUUCCCUUCUCAAUGUCGAGCAA